AUGUCCUGUAGGGACCUCUUGCCAUCACUACUGUCCAACCAUAUGGUGGUAGUAACCCUGGAAAGAACUUAUCAAGUCCCCUUUCCCAAGUGGUACAAUCCCGACAUCACAUGCGCAUACCACGGGGGAACCCCAAGGCACUGGAUUGAGCAAUGCCUCGCCUUCAAAACCAAGGUUCAAAGUUUGAUCAAGGCAGGAUGGCUGACAUUCCAAGAGGAUGGGCCCAAUGUGAAGACCAACCCACUUGCCAAUCACGGAGGACCGGCCGUCAACGUAGUAGAGGAGUGUGGGUCGCGACAGCCCAAGCAUUUGGGAGACGUGAUAACCUUAAGAAGGUUUAUCUUUGAAGACCUGCAAGAGGCAGGUGUGGUUCCCCCCAGCGGGAACAAAGAAGACCCCUGCUUGAUGCACCCGGGUCUGCCACACGACAUGGAGACAUGCAUGACACUAGAGGAGUUGUUGCAGCGUAUGAUCGAUCUUGGUCAGCUUGAAGUCAAUAGUUGGAGCGAGAAUGAACAGCAUGUCUGCAUGCAAUCCGCGGAUAUGGAAACUCCUAAGAAAUCGAAACCCCUAGUGAUAUAUUUCACCCGGGUCUCUGCACCCCAGCGGCACCAAGACACGCCCACGACAUCAAGCCGAGGGCCGGCCUCCUUUCCCUACAAAAGCAGCAAGGCGGUACCGUGGAAGUAUGCCCCCCUAAACCUGUGCGAGAAGAAAGAAGACACCGCCAACAUCAACUCACUCUUGACGAAGGUAACCAACAUCACCGAGCUAAGUGGCGUGACCCGUAGCAGUCGCAUCCUUGCGACACCUGACUUACCAGCACAACCCGUUAAUGCUAAGGGAAAGGCUAAGGAAAAUGAAGGACCAGCCAGUAACGCGACUCCCGCUCCGAAGGAGGAUGUGCCGACAGGGAGGUUCGCUGAGAAGAAAGUGGAGUCUAGCAGAAAGGAGGUGUCGGUAAAAGGGGCCAGUGAAUUCCUUCGAAUAAUCCAACAAAGCAAAUACAAGAUCAUAGAGCAGCUUAACAAAAGCCCAGCUAGGGUCUCCCUCCUAGAGCUACUCAUAAGCUCGGAGCCUCAUCAGGCAUUAUUGAUCAAAGUGCUAAACGAGGCCCACGUGGCCCAAGACAUGUCCGUGGAGGGUUUUGAGGGGAUAGUCAACAACAUUACUGCCAAUAACUAUCUUACCUUCACAGAAGAGGAAAUCCCUGCUGAAGGACGAGGGCACAACAGGACCCUACACAUCUCCGUCAAGUGCAUGGACCAUGUUAUGGCCAAGGUCCUCAUCGACAAUGGCUCGAGCUUGAAUAUGAUGCCAAAAAGCACGUUGGAAAAGUUGCCUUUCAAUGCAUCCCACUUAAGGCCAAGCACCAUGAUAGUCCAGGCAUUCAACGGGAGCCGUCGGGAGGUGAGGGGGGAGAUCGACCUCUCGAUCCAAGUAGGACCCCACACUUGUAAGGUUACCUUUCAAGUGAUAAAUAUAAAUCCUGCUUACAGUUGCUUAUUGGGCCGACCUUGGAUCCACUCACUUGGAGUAAUACCCUUGACGCUUCACCAGAAAUUGAAAUUUAUGGUGGAGGGCCUUUUGGUCAUCGUCUCGGGAGAGGAGGACCUUCUAAUAAGCUUCCUGUCCUCCAUGCCCUAUGUCGAAGCCACCGAAGAAGCUCUGGAAAUGGCCUUCCAAUCUUUCGAGAUAGUAAGUAAUACCUCGGUGGAGUCCCUCCCAAUGUGUCCUCGCAUGUCUAGUGCAGCGGUCAUGGUAGCCCAUGUCAUGUUAGGGCAUGGCCAACAUAAGGAAGAGCGGCUGGGAAAAGAGAAACCGGGGCACUGGCUCACAGCUAAGGGCACAUGUGAAGGAGCCCCUCCCUGUCUCCUCAACGAGAGCUUCGUCAGCGUAGGCUUGAGGUGUGAAGAGGAAGUGGCCAUGGUGCACGAUGAAUCCCCUCAAAGGUGUCCCGACCUGGUGCAACCAUGUCCCCCGGGUUUGCAGCUGGGAAACUGGCAAGUCAUGGAACGGCCCGAGGUUUCCUCGGCAAGCAUAAUAUACGACGACGAGUUCUAUGAAGGUACUGAUACCAAGGACUCGGCCGUCGAUUUUGGGUGA